AAGUCUAGACGGUUGAAUUCGCUGUGGGCUGAGCGGAGCCGGCAGAGCAGGAGCGCCUGUGGGCGGGGGGAGAGGAAGUGUGGUCGACAGGAGAGGAAUUUAAAGUCCCAUUGUUCUGGAGGAGCAGAGGCAGAGAGCACCAGAGGAGCCGAGGAGUCGAACCGCCGACACAAGCCGGACGACAUGGACGUGAGCUCAGCCAUGGCAAAGAUGUCUCUGAAGCAGACUGCAGGAGGAGCAGGAGGUGCAGGAGGAGCAGGAAGAGCAGGAGGAGCAGGAGGAGCAGCAGCAGCAGUGUGUCUCGUAUGUAAAGAGAGCUGCUCUGGAUUUCAGCCACAUUCUUGGAGGAAGGCCUGUAUGGCCUGUGGCUGCAGCAUGGUCGACCACGCCCCGGGAGAUGACCUUGAGGAUGACCAGCGAAUGGGACGCCUGCUCGCAGACUCACCCUGCUCCCACUUGACAGCGAAGGUCAAGGGAGGUGGCGGCCUUCGCACGUACAAGAGGAACCGUAUGAUCGUGACAAAUCCGGUGGUGUCACGCAAAGACCCGACCUUCAGCACCACAACAUACGACUGGGCGCCGGCUGGCUUCAACCAGAAACUGGCCAUGACGUACAUGGAGCUUAUCCCGGAGAGUCUGCGUCCGGUCUCGGGGACUGAUGGAGCGUUGCAGCGACGCCGGCAGCUCCUCAGCCAGCUCCCCGCCUACGACCAGGACCCCAUGAAGUGUCAGAGCCUGACCAGUGAGGAGGAGAUUUCCUCCAUGCUGCUGUUUGUGCAGAACUACAAACAGGAAGUGCUCGGAGUCGGAGAGGUGGCCAUACCUGGCGAGGGCGGAGCUCUGAGGGAAGCAGCCAACCAGAGGACAGCGAAGGAAGCGAAGGAUAAGAAAGACGGUCUGGAGCACCAGGACCAAGGCUCGACCAGUAGCAGCCCUUCCUCUGCCACUGGUUCCACUAACGGCACCGAUAACACCAAGACUGAUCAUCGGUGCUCUGGCUGCCACGGCGAGGUCGCCUCUGAGAGCCCGGCUGUUUAUGCUGAGCGUGCGGGUUACCAUGGCGCCCUGUGGCAUCCCAGCUGCUUCGUGUGUUCAGAGUGUGGCCAGGGAUUGGUGGACCUCGUCUACUUCUGGUCCAAUCAGAAGCUGCUCUGCGGGCGGCACUACUGUCAGUCGGUUUGGCCGCGAUGCUCCGGAUGUGACGAGUUGAUCUUCUGCCAGUCUCUCCAUAAAGCAAAAGAUGGACGGACAUGGCAUCUUCAACACUGCUGCUGCUGGAAGUGUGGACAAAACCUGGAAACCCCCUGUCAGCACUGAGACACUCACACAGUUUUGAUUCGACCCGAUUAUUAGCUUGUUUUAUAACAAGUAAUGAAUAAAUAAUGGAGAAUAAUUGUAUAAAAUGUCCACGUUUAUGAUACUAGACAUUUUGUUGACUCCAAAGUGUUUAAAGUACUUAGAGAAGGAGUUUGUAGAUUUAUUAGCACUUGGAGUUCUCACAGGGACGGGAACCAGAUGUUCUGUCUCAGACACAAACUGAAAGUCAGAGCAGCCACAGAAAACAAACGAGUCACAUGGAAUGAGACAUAUUAAUCAUAAACAGUAUGUAUUUUAAAAGGGAUAACAAAUCAUUUGAUUAGAUACAUUGUUAAACAAUUUUAACUUUAUGUCCAUUUGUAAAGUGUCAUUUUCAUUAUUAUCUUUUAUGGAGUCAAAAGAAAAAAGUUAAUAUAAAAAAGAUGGUUGUUGAUCAUAAUAAUAAAAUAACUCUUACUCUAUGUUUGCAAAAUUGUGGCUAACUGAGAGUUUAUUGUUAUGUUAACAUUAAUGUCAGUAAAACAAAAACUAAAACCUAAAACAAACUGUUAAUUUUAAAUUUCUUUAAACUCCUUAAAUUUUAGGUUUGGAUUUGUGCAGCUUUGUGUUUCAAGUUUUAACAUUUAUUUCAAGGAGAUACAAUCUUAUUGUUUAGCUCUAACCUCAGAGAACUGGAUAUUUAAAUGGCUGGAAAAGACGUAACACUAAUUAGCAAUUAGCUAUAAUCGUAGCCUGCAUAGCUGAAUGGUUUUUUUUAUGUCAAGCCUCUGUUUUUUAACUGACGUUUGGUUGUGUGUUGAACUAACAGAACAAAAAGUUUAAAAAGUUUGAUUUUACGACCCAUCGAUAUGUGAUUUUCUUUAUAUUUAUUCAACAGUUCAAUGUGUUAUUUGAGUUAAACUGCAGACUUGUUUUAUCUCUCUCAUAUGGAUCUCUGCUGCUGCUUAAUGCUGCUUUAUUCAGGUUGUAUCUCUCAUUGAGGUUCAUAUUCUAAACCCAAAAAUGUAUAAUCCUAUGUGUCAAUGAGGGUGAGAAGAAUGUGUUGAGGGAAAUAAAAGUUUCUGGCCAAAAAUAAUCACUAAAAACGAGCGAGCCAGAAAUAAAACCGUCCUUACACAGACGGUAGCUUUCAUAAUUUCUAAGAUAUAUUAAUCUCAGCUAAUACUUGCUUCUUCUUUUUUUUUUUAAUCCUUCCUUUACUUUUCAAACGGAUUGCUGCUAAACUGCUAACUCUUCAGAAACGAUGACAAUUUACUGUUUGACGUGAUUUGCUUAAGACGUAGCAUAUGCUAUGUUAUUGAAGAAAUAAUGCAGAAAGUAAAAUCUUUUUGGAAUAUUGAUUAUGGUUCCAUCACGUAUGAAGAGAAAACCUCCUCGCCCCGGCCAGUGAUGAAAUGUUACGUGCAUGAUACAUUUUUUGUUGACGAACAUUUUUCUUCACCAGCUUUGGACAAAUGUCUCACAUUUGUCGGAGGGAAGAAAUUUUUCUGCCGAUCAUGUUUUCACAGAUGAUACAUUCAGAAUAAAAAGUUGAUUAUGACCGAUCAGCCUGUUUUCUG